CGCGUAGUUCUGGUCCUUCUAGGAGGGGCUUGACCGUGUCCUUGCUGUAGGAGCCUGUGUGGCUGGAGAAGAGUAGGACGGGCCACUCUUUGAUUUCCUGUCUGAGGAAAGGUCUGCCCCUCAGGGUUAAAUAGCCAAGAUGAGUGAGCCUUCAGGAGGCUAUACUUACACCCAGACGUCCAUAUUAUUUGUGCAUGCCAAGAUUCCUGCUGGUUCCAAGUCCAAGUCCAAAAUGGCAGCUCUCAAGGAUCAGCUGAUUCACAACCUUCUGAAGGAAGAACAGGUCCCCCAAAAUAAGAUCACCGUUGUUGGGGUUGGUGCUGUUGGCAUGGCCUGUGCCAUCAGCAUCUUAAUGAAGGACUUGGCUGAUGAACUCGCUCUUGUUGAUGUCAUGGAAGACAAGCUGAAGGGAGAGAUGAUGGACCUCCAGCAUGGCAGCCUCUUCCUUAGAACCCCCAAGAUCGUCUCUGGCAAAGACUACAGCGUGACUGCCAACUCCAAGCUGGUGAUCAUCACAGCUGGGGCACGGCAGCAGGAGGGAGAGAGCCGUCUGAAUUUGGUCCAGCGGAACGUGAACAUCUUCAAGUUCAUCAUUCCCAAUGUUGUCAAGUACAGCCCCAACUGCAAGUUGCUUAUUGUUUCCAACCCAGUGGAUAUCCUGACCUAUGUGGCUUGGAAGAUAAGUGGCUUUCCCAAAAACCGUGUAAUUGGAAGUGGCUGCAAUCUGGAUUCAGCCCGGUUCCGAUACCUGAUGGGGGAAAGGCUGGGAGUUCACCCGUUGAGCUGUCACGGGUGGGUCCUUGGGGAGCACGGAGAUUCAAGUGUUCCUGUAUGGAGUGGAGUGAAUGUUGCUGGUGUCUCCCUGAAGACUCUGCACCCAGAGAUGGGCACUGACACAGACAAGGAGCAGUGGAAGCAGGUUCACAAACAGGUGGUUGACAGUGCUUAUGAGGUGAUCAAACUGAAAGGUUAUACAUCCUGGGCCAUUGGACUAUCUGUGGCAGACCUGGCAGAAAGUAUAAUGAAGAACCUCAGGCGGGUACACCCGAUUUCCACCAUGAUUAAGGGUCUCUAUGGCAUCAAGGAUGAUGUCUUCCUGAGUGUUCCUUGCAUCUUGGGACAAAAUGGCAUCUCUGAUGUCGUGAAGGUGACGCUGACUCCGGAUGAAGAGGAACGUUUGAAGAAAAGUGCAGAUACACUCUGGGGGAUCCAGAAGGAGCUGCAGUUCUAAAGUCUUCUACCAUGCCGACACUCCACUAUCUAGGCUACAACAGGGUUUAAGUUGGA